CGAUUAACAUUUCCACACCUGCUUUUAACUGGACACAUCCAAACACAGAUGCCAUAACAAUUAGCCGAAGCAAAAGCCAAAGCAAAGCUUCCACAUUCUCUCUCUCUACUACCACACUCCCUACUUUGGAGGAUUUCAUUAGGCAAAAAAGAAAGUGCAUACAAAUGGAAGGUACUGUUGUUAGAAGGGUGAUUCCAUCAGACAAUAGUUGUCUUUUCAAUGCAGUUGGGUAUGUUAUGGACCAUGACAAACUAAAAGCUCCAGAAUUGAGACAGGUUAUAGCUGCAACUGUGGCAAGUGAUCCAACAAAGUAUUCGGAAGCAUUUCUUGGAAAGCCAAAUGAAGAGUAUUGUGGGUGGAUUCUCGACUCAGAUAAGUGGGGUGGUGCCAUUGAGUUGUCAAUAUUAGCUGAAUACUAUGGACGUGAGAUCGCGGCAUAUGAUAUCCAAACCACACGAUGUGAUUUGUAUGGACAGGAAAUGAGGUACUUUGAGCGGGUCAUGCUGAUCUAUGAUGGACUUCACUAUGAUGCUUUAGCUAUGUCUCCCUUUGAAGGAGCACCAGAGGAGUUCGAUCAGACUAUUUUUUCUGUACAACUGGACAGAACUAUUGGUCUAGUUGAAGGGAUUGCUCUUAACUUUGUAAAGGAGCAACAAAGGAAAAGGAGUUUCACAGACACCUCUAACUUCACGUUGCGCUGUGGGGUAUGCCAAAUCGGAGUGAAGGGCCAAAAGGAGGCUGUUGAGCAUGCAAGGGCUACAGGCCAUGCCAACUUCCAAGAAUACAGAUGACAAACUCUUGAAAAUAAAAGAACCAGAAUCAAGAGAGUAGGAACAGUGGCACUGCAAUGGGCUUAUUUCUACUGGGAUUUACUCAGUUGUGUUCUUUCACUACUCAUACACAGAAUUUUCAAUUUUUAUACAUAGUCAUUUAAAAAUCAUUUGUUUGGUUGUAUUUAACCAUGGAAAAUGAAACCACAGACGAUCAUUCAUUUGUUGUAUUUGAUAUUUGAGCAAUUUUCUCACUCAAGUGAGAAACCGAUAAUAUUCUCGAUUCUACUUCUUUGAUUGAA